AUGUAUGUAUCUCCUUCAUCUUUUGUGUGCUCAGUGCUUUUGGUUCUUCGUUUAAUCAGUCGAAUUUAUUUCUUUUUGUGCAUCUUCGGUAUGAGCGAACAGAAUUUGGGGGAUUUUUGCGCAUAUUUUUUGGGGCCUAAAGCCACUGCGUCUCUGCAUAUUCAUGUUGCUGCCCUGCUUUUACUAUUAUCACCAUUUGUAGCAUUUCCACAAAUACUUUCAGGUAUGAGUUUGUAUUACUUCAACCUUCUAAAAUCUCGUGAAUUUUUACAUUUGUUUUCUUUAGGUCAAGAAUCAUUCAAGAAAGUUGCAUAUAAGCUCAGCAAGCCACUGAUCAGUGAUGAUGGAAAAGUUUAUAUGUGUUCAGAAAAGAACUUUUUUGCCUUUGAAAGCAAUGGUUCUGUCGCGUGGAGGUUAUCUCUCUGUUAUAAAUGCAGUCCAAGUAUAGCUCCAGUUCUAGGGGAAUCAAGGAAGGCAAGGCUUCAGGCUGCUAUUAUAACUGUUGCUUCUUCCUCUCGGGAUGAGGCAAAGAGUAGACGUCAGUAUCAUUCAGCAUUUCUCGAUUCUGGAGUUGUUAAACCUCGGAUUCGGCAGUGUCUGUGUGAAAAUGUGGAUGUCGUUAACUCAUAUUUCUGUUUGGUUAUUAAUUAUGCAAGCUACGUUUGGCAGAUAUAUGUGGUUGCGGAAGACAGAGUGCUGAAGAUCAACCCUUUGAACGUACAAAGUCCUGAAAUAGCUGUAGAAUUGUUCUUUGGUUCAGAAUAUGAAAGACUAGGGGAGAUUAUUGGCCUUGCAAUAAGUAUAUCCAGUUCUUGUGUACUUAUCAAUGUCAAAAACCGGGGUCUCUUUGCUUACCGGUUGCAAGGAAAGCUAUACUGGAGUGUUGGCCCGGUACUUUAUCAGCAUGGAUAUCGUCAAGGUUGUAGGAAAAACAUCACAGAAUGUUACUUUUCAUCAGUCCCUGUGUUCGAUCACUGUGAAGCUAGUAUAUAUGUAAGCUUUUCGUGUUCCAUGCUUUUUAAACUUGUCCUUUGCACAAGGGUUUAUCUUUGCAUAUACAUGAUAGGUCACAAUUCAACCGUUUUUGUGUUUUUCCAACUCCAGAUCUCUAAUAAUCAAGGAGAAAUUUAUGCUUUGUCAACUCGUAGUCCACAUUUCAAAUGGAUACAAGACUUCAGUUCAUUCGGAAGUACACUUACCAUGAAAGCCGGGAACAAUGGUCUGUUAUAUGUUACUGUAGCAGCUAAAGCUCUGAUGCUAGCAGUUGAUGUUUCCAGGGGAGGCAUUUUGUGGCAGAAAAGCUUUGGACCGCUAAGUAUGGCAGAUUAUGCCCCUGCUGUUGAUUCUAAUGGUUGGAUAUCUAUUGGUUCAUUGGACGGAUACCUCUAUUCGUUUUCACCAAAAGGAGUUCUCAAAAAGUUCCCUAAAGUACUUAACAUGGAUUCUGUUAUCCAAGUCAGUCCUGUUCUUGAUUGCUCAGGAUAUGCAAUCUAUGUUUCUCAGACAGAGAUUGAAGGAAAGAUUACUCGGAUAAUUGGAGAUUACACUUACAUCUCCGCAAUGAAACCAAAGGGUGUUAUCUUCACACUGAUUAAUCCAGCUACUGGGAUCAUCUUUUGGUCUGAACAAUAUCCUGGUAACAACCCCCCGUCCUUCUCCCAAUGCCCGAAAUCUCUUUGGUUACUAACAACGUCAAUCGAUAAAUCUGGAAUUCUGCAGCAUCCUAACAUCCAUUAUUUACUAUUGCAUCAGGACAAUUCUCCACGGAAUUACUUCAAGUAUUGGGAACCUGCUGCCAUGCCGAAGCUCACGUCAGAAGUUUGCAUUAAGCUGCUCACAGAUUACGCCCGAGAAUUUCAGCAUCUACACAGAUUCCCUUCUUUUUGUUCAGGGAAUCAGAAGACAAUUUUGCUGUUUCUGAUCUUUGAAUCUAUCAUAUUGCUAGUACUAGCAGUAGUAGUAAGAUUUUGUUGCAUGUUUUGGAAGAAAAAGAAGCUUCAAAAUCAACAACUUGGGAAAUUCUUAGAUAAAAGACGAUCGCUUCAACUUCAGAAGAAAGUUUUUGAUAGAUCAAUCACAGAGCUUCAACAAAAGGAAGCUGAGGAAACAACAGCCAAUGAGGUGUUGGAAAAGUUGGGCAAUCUAGUUAUAGAAAGGGAAAACAUAGAGAGGAAACUCUCAACAACAUACAGUUUGGGAAGGGAUGAAGUUGGUUCUCAUUCACAAUCCCUCCUUCCGUUGUCCGAUCGUAAAAUAAGGAGCUUCUCAUUUCAAGGAACAAAGAAAGAGAGUGUUACUUUGUUUCAUACAGUCAGUGAUACUUCUUCUGAAACUAGCUGGAGUGAGAGGGACUCUGACACGAACAUAUCGUCGGAGGAUGAAGAGGAAACAGACAAGGGAAAGUCACCUAUUGAAAUAUUCAGUAGCAGUGAUGAUGAGAUUUACCAGGAAGAAUAUCAGUUUAGUACUCCAUCUUGCUUUGCUUCCACUUCACAACAGGUUAAUGAAAUAGAAGAAAUGAAGCCGGGAGAUCAAGAGGACUCCAUCCAUCAUCCCUUACAGAACCGCAGCACAAGCAUAAGGAAGAGGAAUUCAUAUUCAAGUAGCUAGGUAUUCUCAUGGUAAGUCGGGUACUGGUGGCCAUUCACAAAUUCGCCCAAAGUUCCCCGGUCAAAAUUCUUCUAACACUCCGGCUCCAAAGUUCAACAAAGAUAGGGUGUCCUAUUGCAUUAUAUGUGUAGUUAUCCGACAGUGACUUUGUGCAACUUUAGUCCACUACUGAUGCCGAACUGGACAUAAAGCUUUCUAUUUUAAUGGAAUUCCACAACUACAUAAGCUUUGGUCUCGAUCGAAUAUAUGUCUUUGGUUAAUUUGCAGGUUUCAAUAGCAGUAGAAGCACGAAAAA